UGUAGCUUGAUAGAGCGAGCAGCUGUUAGUUUACCUGUCGCAUGUUGCCGUGAACAGGCAACUAAUCGGUAACUAACCAGGUUAACGGACAGUCGGGGUCGCUGGGUUUUGGCGGGAGAAUGGAGACGUUCAGUAAACUGACCAACAUGCUGCUGCACGCGCUGGAGACGAGGGAGCCCACAGUGGACCUGCUGGGUUCCUUUGUGGAUCAUUGGAAAUCUAUAACCAGUUAUUACAUCGAGACGACAGAUGACAGCCGUCCUGUCAGACAGACCGACAUCCCCUGGCAUCUCAGACAGAUGCUGGACAUCCUGGUGUAUGAGGAGAAACAACAGGCUGUGGAGGACACGGGGCCCUGUAUGGAGUACCUGCUGCAGCACAAGCUGCUGGAGACUCUGUGCACGCUGGGCAAAGCUCAGUAUCCUCCGGGCAUGUCUCAGCAGGUCUUGGUGUUCUUCUCUAAGUUGUUGUCUCAGCUGCAGAAACCUGUGCUUCACCUGGUGAACGUGUACAGACCUGUACAGAAGCUGAUUCGUCUCUGCGCACUUCCUGGUUCCCAAACGGAGAAGGAGGAAGCUCAGUUCCUAUUGGUCGUCUGCUCCGCAGUCAAACGGGAUCCACACAUACUGCGAUACGUCGUCGAGAUUCUGGACCAACCAGAAGCCACGACUUCCUCCAACCAAUCACAGCUCUGUGCACACGCCUCCAAUCAUAGGACAGAGAUGCCACAGUCCUCCAGCCAAUCAAAUUCAUCUGGCUCCAGCCCUGUCCAAUCAGAGACAUCCGCCUGCAGCCCUGUCCAAUCAGAGUGCGGUCUGCUGUCGGCUCUGCUGCAGCUCACCAGGAGUCGGAGGGGCUCGGUGAGUCUGAAGGCCUAUCAGAGCCUCCUGCUGCUCUCUGGUCUCCAGUCCGGAUCCUCAGGGGACAUUCUGUCCAAUCAGACCCAGCUGGGAGAGCUGCUGGCUGGGAGGCUGCUGGAGCUUUACUCUCUGCUGCCUCUGGAGAGUCUGGAUCCUGGACAGGUGCAGAGCUGGCCCCGUACCCCAUGGAGCUCUCAGUUCUCCCGCUGCAGCUCUGACCUCAGCUCAUCGUCUCCUGCUUAUGAUCACAUGGCCAAUUUCUUCUCCUGGUUUGACUUCCUGGAUCACCUGAUGAGAGAGGCACCACAGCUCCUGUCAGUGAAGACGGCUCAGUGUGUCCAUCACAUGUGGCUGCGGGACGUCCUUCAGCCUCAGCUGCUUCACCCGUGUGUUUUUCUCCUCUGGUCCAGGUGUGAGCACGUGGUCCUGGUCUCCACCUCCGUCCUCUGUGUCUCUGUCAGACUCAUUCAGUCCUCCUCUCUGUUAGAUCAGCUGGUUCACUUCCUGUUGAAGACGAACAGUCUGACACACCUGCUGCUGCAGCGCUGUGAUCACAUCUCUGACCAGAUCAGCAUGGUGUCUCUGUCUCUGGUGGAGGAGUUACUACAGAAACCUCACAGGGACAUUUUGGAUGUGCUGGUGUUGAAUUUUCUGCAGAGUCGCAGUUACCUGUGUCCACCUGCUGCAGGUGUGGAUGACAGACACAACGAGACCGACGAGGACAGCGAGGAUCUGGAGGAGGACCCCUUCUUCUCCGACAGCUUGUUGUUCUCAGACGGCCAGCUCCUUCCUCCUCCUCCUCCUCCUCCUCCUCCUCCUCCUCCUCUCUCCUCCUCUGCUCCUCCUCCUCCCUCUGGGCUGGGAUCAGCAGCUGACGUUGUCAACAGUUUCUUGUGUUUAGUUCCUGUUCAGGUUCGGUCGGCUCAGCUGCUGCAGGAGGGCGGAUACGAAUCCUACGUCCACGACGCUCACACACUGGUGACUGAGUGUCUCUCUCUCUCUCAGUCGUGGGAUUGGCCGUCCAGUCUUCCUCCUCCCUCCUUCUCCUCAGGUGCAGAGGAGUUCUUCGAGGGUCACCUGUUCAAAGUUCUGUUCGACCGACUGGGACGCAUCCUGGAGCAGCCGUACGAGUUGAACCUGCAGCUGACGGCGGUUCUCUCCAGACUCUCGGCCUUCAACCAUCCACUGGUCCACGAAUACUUGCUCAACCCCUACAUAAACCUGUCUCACUGCUCCAGGUCGCUUUUCUCUGUCCUCAUCAGGGUGAUGGGAGAGUUGAUGCAGAGGAUUCAGCAGAUUUCCCACCUGACAGACAGACUCCUGAACACCAGGAGACACCUGCUGGGACUGAACCACAGCACUGGGCUGGAACACCUGACACUGCUGAGAGGAGUCAUUGUCCUGGAGGAGUUCUGUAAAGAGCUUGCUGCCAUCACCUUCGUCAAACUGCCCCUGCACCAGAACUGACACCUGGUCCAACUGUGACAGGUACACAGGUGUUUGGAUCUACAGGACGUCUGCGGGUCCCGCUGGACUCGCACCAGGUUUGGCUCACGAGUCGACCUGAAGCAGCAGAGAAGCGAGUAUAAGCCUGGGUAUUAAAGAGGCAGUGUGUUAUGGAACGCCGCAGGGCCUUGAACGCAGCACCGUGUCCACUGGAUGUUACAGACGCCCCAUCCAUCAGAUCCUGUCAGACCUGGUCUGAGGCGGAGUCACAGCCUGAACGCUGCUGAUGAUAGAAUCAUCUUUAUAAUCACUGAGUCUGUUUUUAUUAUUUAUCUACAGAUUAUUUAAAAUAUUUAAGUGCAAUUCAUCCCAAAGGUGAUGGAUGGAUGAAUGGAUGAUGAGUGGAUGGAUGAUGAUGGAUGAUGAAUAGAUGGAUGAUGAUGAUGGAUGGAUGGAUGAUGGAUGGAUGAUGAUGGAUGGAUGAUGAUGAUGGAUGGAUGAAUGAUGGAUGAUGAUGAUGGAUGAAUGAUGGAUGGAUGUGUCGUCAGAUAGAUGACAUGCUGAUGAAGGUGACGGUGGUUCAGAUCUUUUCUCGGCUCGUGUUCAGAACAAACUGAGCAGAUGAACGGAUGAAGCUGAACUGUGAGAAAACGCGACUGAAAUAAAAAAAAGGAUAAAAACUGUAGAAACUAAAAGAUGAACAAACGUUCUGAUCAGUUUCAUAGAAAAUGUUUCUGUUCACUUUAAACUCACUUGUCUUGAACGUGAGCAAGAAAACGAACUUUAUUUGUCGGAGUUUGAGUCGAGCUUCCAUUUGACUUUGAAUUUGCAUGUGACCGUUGUCUGACUGCUGAUUGGUCGCUGACUGUCACUAAACAAACUGGUUCAGCUGCUGUUUUCCAGCUGCUGAAUGUGAUUGUAGAUAAAAACCUGCUGACGUGUGGAAAAGUUUGGGUUCUUCAUGUAAACGUGUUUAGCUGGGAUGUUGUUUUCUUCUCACUGUCGAUGAAUCUGCUUGUUUUUAUUUACGUGUUUGUCGUUUAUGAGCUUCGGUUUGGACGAAGGAAAAUUAAAUUCUAAGGAAAAGAAGCUGUGAUGUUUCAGACUGAAUGUUCAGCUGAUGUUUGUUCUCUUUGCUGAU